AACCCUAAGACGAAAAUCAGUGCUCUAUCCGCACCAGAAACACGAACAGCUAGGAGAUAUCGCAAACCAUGUCGAGUUCCCGGCAAGUGUAGAGAAGGAAACUUUGGAGUUGGACGCCAUCAAGACAUCGAGAAUUAGGCAAACUCUGAAUGCACUUUAACUAUGUGGUUAUAUUUGUAGACGGCAUCUAUGAAUUACGUCGUUUGUUGAGAUGAAUUGCAUUCAAAUCGCUGCUUCUCAGCUUUGUUGCGCACCACAGGCCCUUCAGCAACACAAGGCUCAUUUUCGGACUUCAUCCUUAGGAACAAAACUUCCUAAAAUCCUGAAAUUGACAACUGCAACAAAUAGGCAUCGGUAUGCUGCACCUGUCUGUCUAUUUGGUGGUAAAGGAAAGUCAGAGGGAGAAGGGAGUCAGGACUCUCCAUGGAAAUCGAUUGAGAAAGCUGUAGGCAAAUUUGGAAAAGAUCAAUCAGUCGAGGAUGUGUUGAGGCAACAGAUUCAGAAACAAGAAUUCUACGAUGAUGGAGAUAGUGGUGGGAAAGACGGCGGUAGUGGUGGUGGCGGUGGCGGCAAUGGCGGUGGCUUCGGUGAAGAUGAAAAUGAAGGUGAGUCGAUUUGGGAGGAGGUUCGAGAAGCAGUUUUGGCAACCCUUGGCUUUGUAUUUCUGUACAUUUACAUCAUCGAAGGCGAGGAGAUAAACGUGUUUGUUAGAGACGUUCUAAAGUUUGUGUUUACUCGGCAAAAGAGCAUUCGUCUGAGCCGUCUUAUAGAUCAGUGGCAAAGCUUCUACAAGAGGAUGAAAGAGGAGAAAGACUACGAUCCGUAUUGGCUAGAACGCGAGAUAUUGAACACCCCGACGUGGUUCGACAGCCCUGAUAAGUACAGGUACAUCAUCCAGGAAAUGGAGAGGAUGGAGUCUCAAGGUGAGAAUGACAACUAUGGCGACGGUGGUGAUGACGACCGUUCCCGAGACUAUCGUGGCGGCGGCAGCGACGACGACGGUACCGGAGACUACUACCGUGGCGGCGAUGGGAACGCAGGUGAGCGCCCCUACGACUCUGAGGAGUGACACUGUUCUAAUUUUACAGUUUGCUUAUAACAAAAUUAUUAUCCUCUUACUUCUAUUUUAGACAUUGAAGAUUUGAAGUGAUCGUGUGAGAAAUUUGCUUUGUUUUGUUAAAUACUGAGGGGAAAAUAAUAAAUUGAAUGAUGUGAAAAUUGGAAUUAA